UGUUAGCUUGGAGAAGGGCGUGUUGUCUCUACUUUAAGCGUUGGCUUUCGACUUCUAUUUACGCAGAAGCAUUUUACCUGCAUAGGACGCUGCGCACUUCUGCACCGGAACUCUUCCAAAAUGAGCACUCGAUGUCCAGUGGAUCAGGAGGUGAAGAAGUUUAAAAAGGGUAGUCUCAAGAAGACUGAGGUGCAAGAAAAAAACCCUCUUCCGACGAUUCAGGUAAUUGAUGAUGAGAAGCAAGCCAACGAAGAGAAAGCUCAGAAAGAGCCAAUGAAUGCGGAGGUGGAGAAGUUCAAUCCAGACAAGCUCAAGAAGACUGAAACCAAAGAAAAAAACCCUCUUCCAACUAAAGCUGUAAUUGAUGAUGAGAAGAUUGCCCUCGUAGAGAAAUCUCAGAAAGAGCCAAUAAAUGUGGAGGUGGAGAAGUUCAAUCCAGACUUGCUCAAGAAGACUGAAACAAAAGAGAAAAACCCUCUUCCGACUAAAGCUGUAAUUGAUGAUGAGAAGAUUGCCCUCGUAGAGAAAUCUCAGAAAGAGCCAAUAAAUGUGGAGGUGGAGAAGUUCAAUCCAGACUUGCUCAAGAAGACUGACACAAAAGAGAAAAACCCUCUUCCGACUAAAGCUGUAAUUGAUGAUGAGAAGAUUGCCCUCGUAGAGAAAUCUCAGAAAGAGCCAAUAAAUGUGGAGGUGGAGAAGUUCAAUCCAGACUUGCUCAAGAAGACUGAAACAAAAGAGAAAAACCCUCUUCCGACUAAAGCUGUAAUUGAUGAUGAGAAGAUUGCCCUCGUAGAGAAAGCUCAGAAAGAGCCAAUCAAUGCAGAGGUGGGGGAGUUCAAUACAAAAACACUCAAGAAGACUGAAACCAAAGAAAAAAACCCUCUUCCAACUAAAGCCGUAAUUGAUGAUGAAAAGCAAGCCAACAAAGAGAAAGCUCAGAAAGAGCCAAUGAAUGCGGAGGUGGAGAAGUUCAAUCCAGACAAGCUCAAGAAGACUGAAACCAAAGAGAAAAAUGCUCUUCCAACUGCAAAAGAUAUUGCAGAAGAGAAGAAAGGCCAGUAACUGAAAUGCAUCUGCCAUGAUUCGCUUUUUGCCCUGCCCAUUACCUGCUCGUCCAGCAUCACCUCUGCCGGUUUUCUGUGCCGCCAUGUUUGAUUAAAAUUGGUGUUUGGGCUGAUGCUAAGGGGUAAGAUCUGUAAUCUCAUGUAUAUGCUUUUUCCAUGCUGUUUAGAAAGAGUUUACUAUGCUGUUUAGAAAGGGUUUACAACAGGGCAAAAAAGAUGAAUUAUUGUACCAAUGGGAAGCCAUAUAAGAUGUUGCAUUGUCAACAAUAUAAUGAGUAUUCUUGCAAAUGUUAACAUUCAGUAAAUGUAAUGAAAAAUAAUCCAUAUGAUGAUUUUUUUUCUUAAUAAAAAUGGAUGUAUCAAACAUGUUUUGUAACAUUUGUAUUUCAAACUAUCUUUUUUUAAAGUAUUAGCACAGAUUUUCUGAGGACAAAUGUAUCUAUAAUGCAAGUGCUGGACAUGGUCAAACAUUGUCAUAAUAAAAAUAGCUAUUUAAGUUAUUGUAAUGUGUAUCCCAGACCAUAAGCCAGGAGUAACAUUGCUGCUUAAAGAAUUAUUUAACUGCCUGAAAUGUGGUACUUCCAUAGAACUGGGCUUUCUAUGUAGUUAAAAGCCAUCGCUCGACUUCAGGCCUCUUCCAUACACUUCAUUUCUACGCAGUGUAUUAUGGCUCAUGUACAAAUUGUCCUAUUGCAGGGUUAGGUUUCACUAUGCCCCUCGGAAGUAUAAUCUGUAGUUAGACUAACAGCCCUAGAACCGGAGAAAGUUGAGUGAAAUGAUGGACCACUGCUGGAAAAUGAGCUUGGAACUCGGGGUGGUGGUAAAAUGGAGUGAAGUUAAACAUUAUUCAUUUGUAUAGUACCCACGUUGUAAUUAUAAAAAGCUCGUUGGAAAUCUUCAAAUAAAACUGCCUUUGUUUGAGCAUG